CACACCAAACAAAAAAGUUUCACCGCUGAGAACUAACUCUAAAUUACCUGCUGAAUAUUUAGGAGAACAAUGGUCACUAUGGUAAAGUAUGGUAAAUACAGAGAGAGGGAGUGGCAGCUUUUGUUAUGUUAAAAAAAAUAGGACAUUUUAAAGAGAGAUGUGUUGUUGAAGAGUAGGCGACACCUCAGGGGGACCUCCUACUUUAUUUAAUGUUAAAAUAAAUGGAAUCAAAUGUUUGUAAAUAUGCUAUUAAAAAUGUUUCCAAGACAAGACGUUGUGGAAAAGAGGGAGAGAUGUAAAUCAUGGUUCUGAAAAUACAUGAUGUGAUUCUAAGGAAAGGAUGUCUAAUUGAAAUAUCCGGGACAAAAUUGGGAGUAACUCAGGGGAAUGUAAUCUGAAAAUGAAAAGGAUUAUUUGUGUAUGCAUUAUAAACUUAACUGGUCUUUUAGCUGUGUGGAGGGAGGAGGUAGAAGAUGUCUGAGCUCAGUGAUGAAGCCAGUGAGUCGGACCAGCUGGGGGCCAGCCUCUCCAUGUGGCUCGGAGACUUCCUGGUCCUUCCCGAGGAGCUGGACGUCCCUUUGGACCUCCACACCGCCUGCUCCAUCGGCCAGUACGACGUGGUGUCAGGGUGCAUCAAAGAGCGUGAGGUGGACCUGAAUGGUAAGAACAUUGGAGGAUGGACCCCAGUGAUGUAUGCCUCUUACAUCGGCCAUGACAACAUCGCAAAUCUCCUCCUGGAGGCCGGUGUGAAUGUGAAUGCUAUGACUGCCAAAGGUCUGACCCCCCUGAUGUUGGCAGCCAGCUGUGGGAAUGAGAGCAUCGCAUACUUUCUGCUACAGCAUGGCGCUGAGUUGGAGCUGAAGGACACUCGAGGCUGGACGGCUCUGUUCCACUGCACCAGCACCGGACACCAGCAGAUGGUCCGCUUCCUGCUGGAUAACAACGCUGACGCCAAUGUCAAGGAGCCAUUGUCUGGUUUCACCACCCUGAUGGAGGCCGCGGCUUCUGGACAUGAAAUCAUUGUUCAGUACCUGCUCGAUCAUAAAGUUAAAAUAGAUGAACGCAACUCUAAAGGAGAGACGGCCCGAGCCCUCGCCAUGCUGUACGGCUACACCAAGAUCGUCAGCCUCAUCGACUCACGCUCUCCUAGGAUCAAACCUGGACAUUUUGAGGACCUGAGCUCCUCUGAGGACUCGGACAGCGCCCCGCCGCGGGUCAGGCCGAGUCGAACCCGAGCUAAAGGCGUUAGCAUCCAUGACGGACCCAAGGCCAUCGACAAGUUCCGAGUAGGAGGCUCCAGCAAACUGUGUGAGCCUCCUGCAGCAGCGCCAGGCUACGUUGCGUUGGGUGACAUCGGCGAACAAAGCGACGGCAUCUGUUACCGUGACGUGACCUCGCCCAUCAACGAGCUGGACGGCCAGAGCAGCAACAGCAGCAGAGACGACAGUCCAUUCCUAGACAACGACAUGCCGACCAUGAAGAGCAGCAGCAGCAGCAGCGAGGGUCUUCCUCACGUCGUGGACCUCAGCUGGGAGGGCUCGGUGGAGAGCAACGAGGACUCUGACUCGUGCAAGAAGAGCGUCUCUCGCAGAGUGAACAAGGGCCAUCACUCAAAAGGAAAGAGUCGCCAUGGCGGCAGCGAUUCAGGAAACAGUGCGAUGCUCUCACAAGUCGUUCUCCCUCCUUCAUACUCUGGUCCAAAGGAUCUGACAGAGUUCCUGGAACAAAUCGGUUUCUCUAAGUAUCUCCCCGUGCUCGAGGAGCAGGACAUCGACCUGCGGAUAUUUCUCACGCUGACUGAAAAUGAUCUCAAAGAAAUAGGGAUCACACUGUUUGGACCAAAGCGACGGAUGGCCUCGGCGAUAGCGAGGUGGCACAGCAGCGCCCGCCCCCCCGGCGACGCUCUGGAACAGGCGUACGCCGACAAGCUGGAAGCGGAGAUGCAGGAAAUGGCCAUCCAGCUCCACAAACACUGUGAGGAGGCGGAGAGCCUGCAGAGCCAGGUGUCUCAGGAGAAGGAGCUGCGCACCGUGAUGGAGGGAUGUCUGAUGGAGGACAAGAUGGCGUGGAGCAGGGUCCACGGAGAGCUGGUGGAGAACCACCGGCUCUCUCAGGAGAUGAACGCCACGCUCGCCAGGACCCGGGCCUGCAGCGCUGACCUGCUCGUCUGCAUCGCUGCUGACAGCUCGUAUAGGGGCGCGGAAGAUCAAACUAAUGGUGACAACGGUGUGAAAGCCGGGGAGGGCCUGACUCGCUCCGCUGUGGCAGAGCUGCUGAAGAAGCUGGAUUCCCAUGAAGAAGAACUGGCGGGGACUCUGCAAACGGUGCUGCAGAGUCUGAGGAGACUGAGCGCCCCCGAAAAAGUCUCAGACAGCUGGGAGCGGCCUUAACUUCAACAGAGGCCUUUGCCAAUCAUUUGACGGAGGGUGAUUUCACCACCCUGAACAAUCUCACUGAAACGAGAGAAGGCCAAAGACGAGGCCGGGCCUGAGCGGCUCGGAGAGAAUCAGCUGACCUGCUGCUCCUCCGCGAUUGGCUGAAGGGACCAGAGCUGGCCAGGUGUGACGGCAGGGGG